GAAUUCAUUUGGUUGGAAUUUUGUAAAUUAGUCAACGUUCCCUUUUUCUGUUUACUUUUUGUCUUGACUUUUUUGAUUUUUUUUUCGUUAAAAUGUUUCCUCACUUUUUAAUUAAUCUCAGUGAUCUAAUUAAAUAUCCUCAACGAUAAAUUUGAUUUAAAGAUUCAUCCAUUUAUGUUCAUCUAUUUGAGACUCUCUUUUUCUUAGAAUGUUGUUACCAUGUGACCAUCAAAAUACCCUUGAAAGUUAACAAGCAAAAGAAUUGAUCAACCUUGUUAAUUUCUUAACUAUUUUUCUCUUCUUCUUCAUUAUCAAUCACCCUAUUCUGAUUGACUUUUAGUUUGGAGUUAUUGACUAUUUAUUUUCAUCAGUAAUUUGGUGUACUAAUUACUGAUUGGAAAGUGUGUCUGUUUUUGUUUCUCUCUCUCUCUCUUUCUUUCUCUGGUGAUCCUUUUUUUGAGAUUGUUUGAUUCUCUCCGGUUACAGGAUAAAUUAAGAUGAGCUCAUUACUCAAAGGAUCAAGGAAAUUACUUCUUGGAAUUGGUCUAGCUGGUGCUGGAGCCGCUGUUUGGGCGAUUAUGGGAGGCAGUGAAGACAAAGCUUUCAUCAAAGCAUCAGCAUUUUAUGAUCAUUAUAUUAACAAUCCAAGAUAUUUCUAUGAGCCACCAGUUACUCAUAAAUGGGACUUUAAUUGGGAUCGUAGACAAUCUGAUACCCUUAUGAAAACAUUGGAAGGUAAAUUUCGUGCCGAAGAUGAUAAACAAUCAUCACAAGAGAAACUACAAAAAGCCAAAGUAACAGCAAGUCGACAUUUAUUAUUUAUCCGACAUGGUCAGUAUACAUUAAAUGGUAAAACUGACGAGGAAAGAUCAUUAACUGAACUUGGUCGACAACAGGCCUACCUUGCUGCUCAAAGAUUAAAGGAAUUAAAUCUUCCCUAUUCACAAAUUGUUCAAUCAACAAUGACCCGGGCCAAACAAACAGCUCAAAUAAUUUGUAAAGAAUUACCUGAUGUACCUGUUUCUAGUAGUGAUCUACUUCGUGAAGGAUUACCCAUCUUACCAGAACCUUCAAAUAAUAAAGAGAUAAACAAUGUAAGAGCUUUUACCGAUGGUCCAAGGAUUGAGGCAGCUUUUCGUAGAUACUUUUAUCGUGCAACACCCGAUCAAAAGGUGGACAGUUACGAGAUAUUUGUUUGCCAUGCAAAUGUCAUUCGUUAUUUUGUCUGUAGAGCAUUACAAUUACCUCCAGAAGCAUGGUUACGGUUUUCUCUUCACAAUUGUAGUUUAACCUGGAUCGCAAUUCGUCCCAGUGGUCGAGUAACUGUUUAUACUGUCGGUGAUUGUGGUUUCAUUCCCCAAGGCAAACUCACAACCACCUAACCAAUAUAACUACCAAACCAGAUGAAGCAAAUAAUAUUAUUAGUAAAUGCUACAAAUAUAUACCUGCAAAAGUCAUCCAAUUAAAGAAAAUGAUGAUUGCUGAUAUAAAUACACGAAACAAAUUUAUCUUUUGUAUUAUAGACUCUGUUGGUUCUCAACUCUUUCUCUGUCUGUCUCUCUCUCUCUCACACACAUAUAUACAACAUAAACACCAAUCAAAAAAUUCUCACGAAAAAUUCAUCGCCUUCAUCAUUUUGGUUAAUCAUCUCAACUCUAAUCUUCAUUUGAUUUAUUCGUUUCUCUAUUAUCAAAGCCAACUAAUAAUUCCAUGAUUCUUUGUGAUAUAAUUUUCUUUUCUUCUUCUUAGAGAAUCAACAAUAUUCUAGAUUAGCUCAAGCAAAUUGAUUCUAAAUUUUCUUCUCCAAAAAAAAAUGAUGUCAAAAUUUGUCAAAUUGUUUCCUUUUUGCUUGAUUGAUAUUUUUCCCAAUUUCUCUCUCCUUAGUCUUGUUAACUAAAUAAUUUUUCUCCUCUUCAUGUAAACAUUUAGAUUUGAAUUUAUGAAGGUAAAGAAAACACAAAUUUAUCAUUAUAAAAGGUAAACAAUUUGUUCACAGGUUUUAAUUGUUUCAAAAGAAACGUUUUAACUGAUCCCUCUGCUAACAAUUAACACGAUUACGUUGGAGGUAAGUUGAAUAAACGAUUCAAUAACUAG